CUCCAACUCAUCGGCUCAAGCGUCACGAGUCACGAGUCACGACUAUGCGAGAUCUUUCAAGCAGUGCUGCCUGGCAGGGUUUUAUGAUUUCGCUGUGUCAACUCGAAGGCCCAGCCGUACUGCCGGAUGGCGACUCGACGACGCACCAGCGAUGCUUACUUUCGACCCAAUCACAUUCGCUUCAGCCACAUUCGCUUCAGUCACGUUCGCUUCAGUCACGUUCGCUUUCUUCGGGCAACUCUAGUUCUCUUCCUUUGCGGGAUCGCACUCGUUUUGAGCUCAAUCUGGCCAGUGUCACGUGACAGUAACGCGUUUGGGUCCGACGCUUCUAUCGAAGGCUACAAAAGCGGAGACGAUUAUUUCGAGCUGUCAGCCGCUGAUUGGCCGUUCGAGGAUUGGAUGGGAUGCUUUUUCUGGGGCGACAAUCCCGAGGAGAUGACGGACGCUCUGGCGUCAUCCCAGCCGUUCAUCGCCACCGCAUCAAGCACCAAAUCCUCAUUUCAAAUCGAUCUCGGAUCGGGUCGAACCGACCCUGAACGCGAACCGGAGGUCGAACCUCGUGUGGCGUCGGGUCGAACCUCAGAGCAGAGGGGACGGUCGGAUGGACGCGAGGGAUUGCUGCGGCUCGUAUCGAACGAGCUAGAUUUCGUCACUGACGUCGUGGACGUGCAACGGCAGCAGCGGCAGCAGCGGCGGCAAAGAAUAUCCCGCGGGAAAGUCGCUUUCACGGUGAAAGAAGAAGCUUCCGGCCGCAGUCUCGCUAGCACUGAGUCGACUCAAAAGCGGGAAAGAAUUAUAUUCCUUGGGACAGUGGAAGAAGCCUCUGGCCGCAUUACCGGCGCUAGCGUCGUAGAUGAAUCUCAGGCGCUCAGGUGCCCCCAGGCGCAUUCGCGGUACAGGCAGACUCGCUACAAGGAGAGGAGCGUCGUUAGCGCUGCUGCUGCUGCUGAGAACGAAACGAGAGGAAAAGGAGAAAACAGAACGGAGACGAUGGAGGGCAUCGGCUUGGCAAUUGACGACUACGAGAGGGAGCUGAGAAUGCUGAAGUCACAGGUGCGUGCAAUGACCGGCGCCAUCAGAGGCAACGCCCUGUUCUCUACGGAGGCACGGCUGCGGCGGCUGAUGCAGGCACGCAAGCAGCGGGAGGUGGCAUGGUUUGUCUCGACUUGGCGCAGGUCGCAGCUGCGGUUGAACAACGCCACGUGGCCUCCAGCCAAUCAAUGGACCGCUGAGCUGGCAGCAGCGAAUAGAAUGCCAAGGAAAAUGCCAAGUAUAAUGCGACCACAUGGGUCGAUGAGUUCUUCUCCUCGAGACAGGCAAACCAAAGCAAGCCUGUCAGCAAUGGGGGGUGCUGAUGUGGUGGCGGCAGCAGUUGGGAAUGGUGAUGUGGCAGCUUUGGGGCGUGAUGACACAUCAGCAUUGGGAGAUGAUGACAUCAUCAUCGUGUUGUAUGUGCACAACCGGCCGGCGUAUCUCAGCCGCACUCUGGAUGCUCUAAGCAAAGUGCAUGGCAUACAGAACGUGCUGCUCAUAGUGAGCCAUGAUGGCUUCUACCCCGCCAUGCACCAGCUAGUCCAGUCAGUCUCCUUCUGCCGGGUCAAGCAGCUCCACUCCCCCUUCUCUCCGCACCUCUUCAACGGAACCUUCCCAGCAGCUGCCCCGGAUGACUGCCGCGGCAAGUCAAGGCGCCCCUGGGAGACCAGAGCAGGCUGCCAGUGGCCAGCACGGGGGAUUCAUGAGGGGCCAAGGGAGACUGUGAGCGAUGGUAUGCGUGACGGCGACGGCGACGGCAUGGUGGGAGAUGGCGUGCGUUGCUGGGGCCAGGCAGACGAGUUCGGGUCGUACCGCGAUCCGAGAAUCGUCUCGCUCAAGCACCACUGGUGGUGGCUGCAGAAUACGGUGUGGGACGGCCUCCCAGAGACCAAGUCAUUCAACGGCCACAUGCUGUUCAUAGAGGAGGACCACUGGCUCUUCCCCAACGCGCUUAGCCACCUCCGCGCUUUGCUAAGCGCCAAGAGCCGCGGCCGCUGCGACCAAUGCAUCGCUGCAAGCCUGGCGCCAGCGGACGUCGGAGUGGUGGAGGACAAGGAGGGGGGUGGGGGGGAGUGGAGGGAGAUGAUGACAGCCUCAGUGGACACAGCGGGGGAGGUGGAGGAUGAGGAGGGGGGUGAGAUGGAGGACAGGGGGGUGAAGCCUGCAGUGCGAGCACAAGAGGGGAGUGCGGUAGAGAAGGGGGGAGUUUCAAGGCGGAAACGGCACUUCACUGCAGAGAGGCUGGGCAAUGUGGGGUACAGCUUCAACAGGAGUGUGUGGGAGAUGAUGCGUGGACUAGCAGAGGAGUUUUGUUACUUGGAUGAGUACAACUGGGACAGGUCCAUGUGGGGGCUUAUCUCCCACCACAUGCCGUCUGCUCGCAUGCUACGAUGGCACCGCACCAGCGCAUGGCACUUUGGAGAGGGAAUGGGAAUGGGAAUUGGAGUGGGAAUGGAGGAUCCCAAGCUUCUCGUGGGGAAGUGGGAUCCGCUGAAGUAUUUCGACUAACAGCGCAAGACGAGAGGGAUUCAAUCCAUAAAGAAGCGCCCAUCGUAAUUUUACCUGUGUACACGUGGCCGGUUGUCAGUGGAGAGGGUGGCUGGGGGGAUGGUCGAGAUAUUGCACUCUGCAUGCACAUUGCAAGCAUGUACAAGCAUUCUACAAAUUGAUUUACCCUUCAUUGCAUUUUUACCCCAUCUUCAAUGCAAGAACCAUGACGCUAUGGGCGUUGGAGGUGCUCACUAUAACGGGGAGGGCAACAUUUCCGGACAGGCAACCACAGGUUGGCUCCAGCAAGGGAGGUCGUGUGCAGGCCUCUUGCUAAGGCCUAGGGGAUUCCGUUAGUGAAAGGAAUCGGCUCAGAAUUACCCGUUCAAAGACGGAAUUUACGGGAAACUACCCGUUAGCAUACUGAUUCGUCGACGCACUAACCUUCGCGCUUUUCUACCAUCCUCAGAGACUAUGAGCCUUUGCCAGUGCUUAGGGAGUGCUGAGGGAAAACACUCAGGGUGUGAGGUGUUUCUCGCUCCUGCUAUGCCAGGAGUCAGGUCGGGAGUGUACUCUGUUAGAAAGAGAGAAUGAAUGGACUAGUGUGAG